AUGUUUGGCUGUUCGUCGGCGUUUCAAAGAGUAGCCUUUUUGCUCAUGGCUCCCAAAUUGAAACCUCAGAGACUCCACCAAAUCGCAGAGACUGGUGCUGAGCAAUUGGUUAAGAGAGCAAGGACGAUGAGUACUCAAUCCUCCAUUAAAGAUGCUUUCUCUACUUACGCUGAUUAUCUCAAUAACUUCAAUGAGAAGAGGGAAAGAGUGGUGAAGGCAAGUCGUGAUAUCACCAUGAACAGUAAAAAAGUUAUCUUUCAAGUUCACAGACUCAGUAAAGACAAUAAAGAGGAGGUUUUGGAGAAAGCUGGGAAAGAUUUGGAAGCAGUGAGAGAGCAACACUUUUCUCGGCUAAUGAAAGAGCUUCAAGGAACUGACUUUUGGAAGCUGAGAAGAGCUUAUUCUCCAGGGGUGCAGGAAUAUGUUGAAGCUGCAACGUUUUAUAAGUUCUGUUUAUCCGGGGCAUUGGUUACUCUAGAUGAGAUCAACGAAACACUUUUACCGCUUAAUGACCCUUCUUUAGAGCCUCUGCAGAUCAAUAUCCUUGACUAUCUUCUUGGGCUUGCUGAUUUGACUGGAGAGCUAAUGCGGAUGGCAAUUGGUCGGAUAUCAGAUGGUGAAAUCGAAUUCGCGCAGCGGAUUUGCCAGUUUGUUCGACAGAUUCAUAGGGAACUAAUGCUAGUCGUGCCAAAGAUGGAUGACAGUUACGACAUGAAAUCCAAGUUGGAAGUGUUGCUUCAAAGUGUGAUCAAAAUUGAGAAUGCUUGCUUUAGCGUUCACGUGCGAGGAUCAGAGUAUAUUCCGAUGCUUGGAGAUAAUGCACCAACAUCAUUCCUAUUGGGAGGUGCUGAUGUCGAAUGA